AGCUGUCGUCCACUUACCUCCAGUAAUCUCUUUCGUUCCCUUCAUUGCACCUCUACGUCUCGGCGGCCGGCCGGGUGGAUGGGGACGCCGGCCGGGUCGCACAGCCAAAGGUUGAAGCACGUGUAGGACGGACCUGGCCUACUCUGCUUUAGCUGCCGGCCAUUCACCUCCGGUCGUCUCCAUCCACCACCACAUCUCCGUUAGCUGCUGGGUUCAUACGCCGCUCGCCGGUCGUCCAAACCCCAGUCCUCCUGGGCUCAUCCUCCACAAGCAGCUGCUUCUGCUUGCAGAUCUAGAGCAAGACCAAAGGGCUUCAAUUCCUCUUCCACUUCCGUCUCGCUGAGCACUGAAUCAAGGGCAAGCAUGGAGUUCGCGACGGGGGCACUGGGCAAAAUCAUCCCCCAGCUCAUCAACCUCGCCAAGGACGAGUACAACCUGCAGAGGAGCGUAAGGGAAGACAUCGAGUCUCUCAGGGGAGAGCUCGAGAUGAUUUACGCCACCCUCCGCAAUGUCAGCGAGGUGCCACCGGAGCAGCUCAAGGACGAGGUGAUCAAGAUAUGGGCACGCAAGGCCAGGGAGAUGUCCUACGACAUGGAGGACAUCAUCGACGCCUUCCUGGUGCGCGUCGAGGGUCCGGAACCCCCCAGCAAGAAGAGCUUCAAAAAUUUCAGUAAGAAGAUUACCAAGAUUUUCAGCAAGGCCCCGACUCGCCAUGAGAUCGGCCAACAGAUCAAGGAUAUCAAGCAACGUGUCACGGAGCUGGACGAGCAGCGUAAGAGGUACAAUUUUGGUAGUUCCGACAAAGUCAUGUUUGAUGACGACCCUCGUGACAACGAUUGCACUAAGGCAGCCGACCUUGUCGGCAUCGAUGUGGCAAAGAGAGAGCUAAUCACGAUGCUGGCAAAGGGAGAUGACGAGUCCGAGCAGCAGCCAAGGAAAGUCUCUAUUGUUGGGAUUGGUGGACUAGGCAAGACGACGCUCGCAAGAGCUGUGUAUGACAUGCAUGAACCACCGCAGUUCCAAUGCAAGGCUUUUGUUACGGUGUCUCGGAAUCCCAACAAAUUGAAGGUUCUCAAGGAUAUUCUUUAUAAAUUGGACCGGGGAAAGUACGAGAACAUUCAUAGCACAGCUUUGGGUGGAAAUGAACUCAUCGAGCUAGUUCAGGAGUAUCUCCGAAACAAGAGGUAUAUAAUUGUUAUUGAUGACAUAUGGGAUCCAAAUUUUUGGGACAAAAUCAAGAAGUGUUUCAUGGAGGAUAGUUGUGGAAGUAGAAUAAUUGCGACUACUCGUAAUAUUGAAGCAGCCAUAGAAAAUGGCGAGAUCUACAACCUACCACCACUUCAAUAUGAUAACUCCAAAACGUUAUUCUAUAAGAGGAUAUACCGUGGUAAAGGAAAAUUUGCUGAUAACCAGCCAGAUGAUGUUACCGAUGAAAUUCUGAAGAAAUGUGGUGGCAUACCUUUAGCUAUCAUCACAAUAGCAUGUUUAUUGGUGAAUAAACCAAGGGAAGUGUGGUCCGAAUUAUACAGGGCUAUUGGUUUUGGGCAUAAAGAUAACAGGCAUGUAGAAACUCCUAUGUGGAAGAAGCAGGUAGAAAAUACAAACAAGAUAUUGUCUUUUAGCUACUAUGAUAUGCCUGCAUAUCUAAGGACAUGCUUAUUAUAUCUAAGAUCAUUUCCAGAGGAUCAUAUUAUUGAUAAAGAUCUUCUGAUAUGGAUGUGGAUAGCUGAAGGAUUUAUCCAUGUAGAACAAGGAAAUGGGCUAUUCGAGCUCGGAGAGAGAUACUUCAACAGUCUCAUAAACAGAAACAUGGUCCAGCCUGUGGAAUCCGAAUACAACGGCGAAGUAAAAGGUUGCCGUGUUCAUGAUAUGAUUCUUGAUCUAAUCCAUUCCUUGUCGUGUGCUGAAAAUUUCAUCACUGUGUUAGAUAAUGGUGAAGGUAAUACAUUACCAGAAAAACAGGUGCGUAGGUUAGCCUGCCAAAGACUUAACGGGGAGCAUAUUACUCAAACUGAAAAUAUGGAUAUGGCAAAAGUCAGGUCAUAUGUUUCUUGUCUGUGUGGUGUCAAACAGUGGAUACAACUUUCUAGCUUUAAGCUUCUUCGUGUGCUAGCCAUAGAAAAUUGCCAAUUUACGGAUUCAUUGCAUCUUGAGGGUAUCCUGAGUUUAGUUCACUUGAGGUAUCUUGGUGUAAGAGAUACCAAAAUACAUGAGCUCCCAAAACAAAUAGGGAAUCUGAAAUUUUUGCAGACACUUGAUAUUGAGAGUACUGAUGUAAAAGAAUUGCCAGUGAGCAUCGUCCAGCUAACACGGUUGGUGUGCCUAUCAAUUUGUGAUUCGAGAAUAAGAAGAGUGCCAGACGGGAUUGGAAAGCUGACGUCCCUGGAGGUGCUCAAAAUAGAUCUUAGCUGGUAUCGUAGGAAAGAUGAUGAGGAAUUCUACUCCAACGUCAGGAUGUUGGUGAAGGAGCUAGGCAGCCUGGUAAAACUAAGGGUGCUGCAAAUCCCUGGUUUUUUCAUAGACGAGAUCGUGGAGACAAAUUUGGUGGAGUCUCUACGCAGUCUCAAAAAGGUUCAGCAUAUAAAACUGGUUUCAUAUGUAAAAGUGGCUUAUCUAGACAAGGAUCUGCCCGAUAUGGAGAUAGAGGCCGAUAUGCCCAAGUAGGAAGCAAGAGGCUUUGUGCUCCCGGGGCAUCUCUGUCAUCUGUCUUUGCCCCACAUCCAGUUCUCUAGGAUGCCGUCAUGCAUUGAUCUCUCUCGUCUUCUCCACCUCUCCCACUUGGAACUGUGUGUGGCUACUCUGGUUGAGCAGGAUCUGAAGCUGAUUGCUGGGCUUCCAGAGCUCCGUUACCUUCGGCUGGCCGAAAAUAAGUCCACGGUAACAUUGAGUAAUAUCAAAGCGGGUGAUGGCUGCUUCCGGAAGCUGAGGCGGUUCAAGAUGGAGCCUGGAAUGUUCCAGUUUCAGUGCAAUGAGGACUCGAGCGUUUCAUUCCAUAUAUGGAACGGAGAUGAUGAUAUGCCGUCUGGCUUUGCCCAACAAUACAAGGGACGACGAACAGUGCCCUUCGCCGUGAUGCCAAAUCUGGAAGAAAUUAAGAUUAGUAUCUUUGUGGGAGCCUUAAAGAAAGGCGGCGGUCACUGCGGCAACAUUGGCCUUGAGUAUCUCCCGUCUCUUCAGGAUGUCUACGUGCACGUCAUACGUCAUUAUCGUGAUUCUGAUUGGACAGUUGCGAAGGUGGAGUCUGGACUCCGGAGGGAUGCCAUCGCAGACCACCCCAACCGUCCCAGGCUUCGUGUGACAAGAAGCAAGAUCCCAGGCUGGUAAAAUGGUCUCGUCUACUGAGGAGGUUGGUACGUUUCUUCAAUCACAUUUCCUUCAGGAUCAUUUCGUGUCGUCUGCUCACUUCCUGGUAACAUUAUCAGGGGCAAAGAAAAAAAAAAUCCUAUGGUGUUGUAGUCGCCGCA